UUUAGGUAGUGGAUGGAGCCUUUCCUUCAUGUUGAAUGUCUACUUUUCGGACUGAUUGCUAAACUACUAUGGCCUGUCGAAGAGCAGGAAAUCACAUGCAGUUCCUCUCCUCCAUGUGUUCUUCCAUGGUGAACUGUCAUAAAUCUCCAUCACGUUCAAGUAAAAUUCAUAGCAUUUGCAUGGUGUCGGACUUUUUUUAUCCAAACAUGGGAGGAGUGGAAAGCCACAUCUACCAAUUGUCACAGUGCCUAAUUGAAAGAGGACACCAAGUUAUCAUUGUCACUCAUGCGUAUGAAGACCGUAAAGGCAUUCGUUACCUCACCAAUGGACUGAAAGUCUAUUAUUUGCCAUUAAGAGUCAUGUACAACCAGUCUACUGCAACAACUCUCUUCCAUAGCCUGCCUCUGCUCAGGUAUAUAUUUGUACGUGAAAGAGUCACCAUUGUCCAUGCCCAUAGUUUGUUUUCUGCUAUGGCUCAUGAUGCCCUGUUCCAUGCCAAGACAAUGCAACUUUGGACAGUUUUUACAGACCAUUCCCUUUUUGGAUUUGCUGAUGUUAGUUCGGUGCUUACAAACAAACUCUUGACUGUAUCGCUAUGUGAUACAAACCACAUCAUAUGUGUUUCUUACACUAGCAAGGAAAAUACUGUGUUGAGAGCAGCACUGAAUCCUGAAAUAGUUUCUGUCAUUCCUAAUGCCGUUGAUCCUACUGACUUCACUCCAGAUGUAUCUAGAAGAGAUAAAAGCACAAUAACUGUUGUUGUUGUGAGCAGGCUCGUAUAUAGAAAAGGUAAUGAGAUCCAAAAUAUACGUUGCACUUCAUGUUGCUUCUUUCUAAUGCUAUAGAGUUGAUCAGAAAUUGCCUUUCUGUUUGUAUCUACCUUUUAAAUGCACUUAAGUUUUGCUGCAUGAUAUUAU